AAAUCUGAAAAUGAACGAAUCAGAGCGAAAGAUAGAUUUGCCGAGAUUGACUGAAAUAAACAAGAUUUUGGCUAAGCUGAUGAAAGAGAUGCAAGCGCAUUUCGGAAGUGAGUCGAUAAUCUCCCCUCAUAAUAAAACUGAGCUAAAUGCGAAUGAAACCUGGUUUACCGGAGUAAUUGAUUCAGAUCUAAACAAUCAAUCAAAUGAAUACGAAAGUGAAAACAGUAUUGGCUUAAUUGGCUCGGAGAGUGGUUUCGAACUUCUGCUCGACAUAAAAAAGAUCCAGGCCUUGUGGCAGGGUAUCUUGAUCUUUCUGUACACCUUGAUGAUGGUGAUAGGGUUCGGAUCCAACCUUCUUAUACUCUGGGCAUGCUUCUCCAGUAAGAUGCCUGGAUGUCCCCGAAAUAUAUUCCUGAUGAAUACAGCUAUAUCAGGAAUAUUCCUGUGUGUGGUCGCGAUGCCUCUCACACUCAUUGACCAAAUCCAUUCCUUCUGGGUCCUGGGGAACACCAGGGCUUUGCUGUGUAAAUCUAUUGGAACUCUACAGUCUACCUGUGUAUUCUUCUCCACCUACUCUGUUCUACUGAUAGCAUUGGAUAGGUUCUUCUAUAUCAUCAAACCCUGCAACAUCAGAAUUUCAAGCCUUCAGGCCUUGAUCAUCUCUGUGUUCUCCUUCUUCUUCUCCUACUUGAUCUCUCUGCCCUUGUUCUUCCACACCGACCUCAUGGUGGUCAUCAAGGGGAUCAAGCUCUGUCACGAGACUUGGGUGAACAACGGUGCCAGGAUUGUGUUCACUGUCUCCUGCUUUGUUCUUCAAUACCUCCUUCCCUCCCUCAUCAUCCUCCGUAUAUACCUUAGUAUCUGCCGGAAAUUCAAGAAUUCACAAUCAAGAUCUGAGACUCGUCGGCCCAAUAGUUUUAUCAGUAGAAGGAAAAUGGAACGAAGACUGAAAACUAACCGGCUUCUGAUCAGCGCAAGCGUUGUAUUCUUCCUGUCGUGGCUCCCCCUCAACAUCUUCAACCUCUCCCUCGCCAUCUUCCCGCAGCUUGCCAAGAAUGGUGAGCUUGUGACUCUGAUGUACUCAUUCUGCCACCUGUGCGCGAUGAGUACCUCCUGCUCAAACCCGAUCAUCUACGGGUUCUUCAACAACAACUACAAACAAUUUUUCAAUAGUCUGCUGAUCACAAGAUCCAGAUCUCAAACCAUCCAUCGGGUUGUGCAUCUUCAAAACAUGAACAACCGCUCUGCUCCCACAACAAGCAGAUCCAAUGGGAAUCCAACGGUCAUAACCCCACAGACGGCCACAACCUAUCUUUAAGCAUACGAAGUAUGAAGAAAUUCUGUCGUUGUGUUCAAACUAUCGAAACCUCUGAUAGAUUGUGUUCAAACUAUCGAAACCUCUGAUAGAUUGUGUUCAAACUAUCGAAACCUCUGAUAAAUUUGAUGUGAUAAAAUCUUUGAAUAAUGAAUCAAGGACUGAAUAAUAGGAAUAGCUAAACGUUAUUUUUGUAAAUGUAAAUUGAAAAUACAAAAUAAGAUUUUUCCAAAAAUGUUUAUUGACCAACAAAUAGUAUAUAUACCCACUCGUCAUUCCUCAAACAGUGAAUGCUACUUAGUUAUCUCUAUUAAGUAAAAUAACAUCCCCCCUCUGCCUAUUUAUUUGCGAAAGAAACGAUCAAAUUAUGUACAACCAGUAAAAUUCUCUUUAAAGUAGUUAUAAAUAAAAUUCAAAAUUUUGGCUGUGAACAUAUAUCAGGAUGUAGAUUUUUCAAUUUUCGAUUUUGAAACCAGAAAUAAAAAUUGAAAAUGAACCCUCAUCGAUAUUUGCUAAAUAAAAGAAUUUGCAUACUGGGGUUGCGGUUAUUUUUACUUAUGUUGUAUCCAUCUAACACCACUGUGGUUACCUAUAUUAAUGUUUUAUCUGUCUAACACCACUAUAGUUAACUAUAUCAAUGUUGUAUCUACAUAACACCACUAUAGUUAACUAUAUUAAUGUUGUUUCUAUCUAAUACCACUGUGGUUAACUAUAUCAAUGUUGUAACUAUCUAACACCACUGUGGUUAACUAUAUCAAUGUUGUAACUAUCUAACACCACUGUGGUUAACUAUAUUGAUGUUGUAUCUGUCUAACAACACUAUAGUUAACUAUAUUAAUGUUGUAUCUAUCUAACACCACUGUAGUUAACUGUAUCAAUGUUGUAUCUAUCUAACACCACUGUGGUUAACUAUAUCAAUGUUGUAUGUAUCUAACACCACUGUAGUUAAAAAUAUCAAUUUUGUAUCUAUUUAUCACCACUGUUGUAUCCAUAUUGUGGUAGCUUCUAUACUUUUGUAUCCAUCUAAUACCUCUGUGCUAAACUACAUAAAUGUUGUAAUAAUCUGCUAAGGACAAAUUUUAAAUGUCAAAAUUAUGUUCAUUUGUAUUGAAGCCGUAAAAAAGUAAUAAAAACAAAUAUUUGAUUAA